AUGUCAUUCUCGUCGAACGACACCCUGCGCCCUCUGGCGCUGCAGCGUUCCCACUCGCUGCCACACCUGAUGAACUCCCGCGAGGACUCCGGGGUGGCGCUGAGCGCGAGCGGUUCCUGCAGCGGCCUCAACAACCUGGGCUACGGCUCGGACGGAUCGUCCACCAAGCAGCGGCACCGACACCACCAUCACCACCUAUCUCACCACCAUCGGCACCAUGACCUCAAGAUUCCCUACGGGGCCCGGCUGGUGGCCGAUCUUCGGCAGCUUAUUACGCUGAAGCAGCACUACUACCCCGAGGGAGGCUGGGGCUGGCUCGUCACCUACAUCGGUGUCGUCGUGCACUGCAUCGCGCACGGCUUGCAGCUGUCGGCCGGUGUGUUCCUGCUCCAGACCGCCCACAUCUUCCCGCAUCUGACCGUCGCCGCAGAUUACGGUACAAUUUUCUCCACCAUUCGCCACGGUUCCGCUACGCUCUAG